UUCAAGAUCAACACAUGAAUUUUCAGUUUCAAAUUUUAUUUUUCAAGCACAGAACAUUUGGCCCUAAUGUAGCUCCAUACACUCUGAGGUAAACAGAGUUUGACUUUUUUUUUCAUCACACACAUGUGACGAGGAUCAACCAAUCACAGCUGACAGAUAUCUUUCCAUCUUCAGUAAAUAUCAGUGUGUGGUAAACAUGGAGGAGAAGUUGAUGAUGUCAGUGCAGAGCUGUCAGAGCGUCACAUCUGUCGCACAGACACACAGGAAGUAGAUCAGCUGUGACCUCGGGGUUUCAGGUAAACAGGCUGUGAGACGUGCUGGUUAUGGUUGUUUUGCAUCCUCAGACGCAACCUGUCUCUACGCUCUUUAAACCUGGCACAACAGUCGCACACCACGCCCGACCUCGUGUUUUCCAGGCGGUGAAAGACACUGUGUGCGGCCCUGACGCUGUCAGUGAAACAGGUUCAGCAGCUGAAUCACUGAACCAGGAGAGGACCAGCAUACAGCUGUACACAAGUAUGAGGCUGAUUGGUCCAGUACUUUGUGAGGUUCAGAGGAAGAGGAGGACCACAGGAAGUCCUCUGGUGUCCAGACCCAGCACCAAGACCAGCAGAGGAACAAACACUCGGAGGACGGCCAGCAGAGCAGUGAGCAGGACGGCUGAUGGUGACCCUGACCCCGACCCCCCCACAGAGACUGUCGACGUGAUGGACAACGCAGAGGACAGUGUGGAGGAGGUGGUGGAUCUGACCUGUGAGGGCUCAGAGGCUGCCGUGGUCGACCUGACCAACAACGACUCAGUGCUGCUGGUGGAUGAAGGUCCUCAGAACAGGAGAGUCACAACAGGAGAGAGUUACGUUGUCAGCAGUGAUGAAGACGACGACAUGCCCUCUGUCCUCAACGCUGCAAUGAUGUCCUCUGUACACAGCAACAGCUCCUCCAGGUCGACCCCGGGGACGAUCAGCUGUCCCGUGUGUCUGGACUCGUACUCUGAGAUCGUCGAGAGUGGCCGAUUGGUUGUUUCCACUAAAUGUGGUCACGUGUUCUGCAGCCAGUGUCUGAGAGACGCUCUGAAGUCAUCACACACCUGUCCCACCUGCAGGAAGAGACUGACCCCCCGCCAGUACCACCCUCUCUACAUCUGACAUCACUCUGACAUCAUCAUUACACACCUACACCUGUACCACCCCCUCUAUGUCUCUGAUAUCAUCACACACCUGGCCCCUGACUGUACCGCCCCCUCUACAUCUGACAUCGCUCUGACAUCAUCAUCACACACCUGAGGUACUGUUGGGUGUUAUAUUUUUUGGUGACAUCAUCAGUGAUGUCAUCAGAUGUUUUUGCUGCUGAGUUUUUUUUUUCUCAGAGACAGGACUGUGUUUUAAUUAAAGAGCGACUACACGUGAUUAUUGAUUUAAUGAUUGAUGAUAUAUUAUUGAUAUAUUGAAUAUAUUUGAUAUUUUGUUUAUUUGUUUAUUAGUUUGUUGUUUCGUCUCCAGUUUAUUUUCUAUUGUCAAAGUAAAAAUAAAUUCUAUUGAAUUCUUGAAA